UCGAACCCUUCUUAGUAAGGCAUUUCGGGAGCCAGAUCCGUACCGUGAGCGUCAAGGGUGCGGUUUUUUUUCAAGUUUUUCGACUUUACCGAUCUCUCGUCACGCGUAUAAAUCGUGCGAUUCGGACGUCUCGUUUAUUUCUCUCACUUUUUCGAGCGACGUGUUGUUCCUCGUGUGUUUCCUAUAUUUCUCUUCCCCCUCUCCUUUCUCUCUCUCUCUCUCUCUCUCUCUCUCCUUUCCUCUCCUCAACGUUUCCAUAGCACGCGUCGCAGCCGAAUUGCAUCCCGAGUUGUGAGAGAAGGAGGGAGAUUAUUUUCUUCUCCUUCUUCUUCGGUCAGAGAAAGAAAUUGACUCGUGAUCUCGUGAUCGUGAUCGAUAUCCAUACUCGAACAGUUCCGUUCCGUCCCGUCGUCCCGUGCAGUUCUGAUCACACAUCGAACCGAUUAUUAUCACCGAUCGGAGGAUUCCAUUGGUCAAGGUCAUCUGGCACGCGCUCCAGCGCGCUCGUGCUCUCCUCCGUGCUAGCAGGAGGGGAGUCGAGGGAGGAGGAGGAGGAGGAGGAGGAGGGGAGGGGGAGGGGGAGGGGGGGAUCGAAUCAGUGAUAUGACCUUAGUGGGAACGGCCAAGGAGGAAGGAUCGAACGCAUUGCCCGUCAUGUUGAGCGUGCAGCAACAGCACCACCACCACCACCACCACCACCACCACCACCACCCCAAUCAUCUUCAUCACCACGGCUCGCCGUCGGCCGUCGGCGGGCAAACCCACAGGGGGAACGUGAUCGUCUCCACGGCGAGCACCGUCCAGGCCAACGACAUCAAGAUCCAGCAACACGGAUCCUGCAAGCGGUCCAAGAUUUACGGGCAGGGGGGCGGCGGCCCGUACGGGGCCGUGCCCCAUCAACCCGCCUCGGUCGCGAGGCGGAACGCCCGGGAACGGAAUCGCGUGAAGCAGGUGAAUAAUGGAUUCGCCACGUUGAGGCAGCACAUACCGCAGAGCGUUGCCCAGGCGUUGGGCGGGAGCACGGCCGGGACCCACGGUGGGUCCAGGGCCGGUAGUAAAAAACUGUCCAAGGUCGAGACGUUGAGGAUGGCGGUCGAGUACAUAAGGAGUUUGCAGCGCCUUUUGGAGGAGCACGACACGGGCUCCGACGUGUCCUCCAGCGUGUCCUCCCCCACGUCCUCCUCCUCCUCCUCCUCCUCCUCAUCCUCCUCCUCCUCCCCCCCUUCCUCCGCCUCGUCCACGUGCAGCUCCACGAACGGGAUCGGCGUCGAGCCGUCCUCCCUUCGUCAUUCCUCCCCCGAGCUCAGACUGCGCGGAAACGUGAACGCUGGCAACGGCAACGCUGGUGGCAGCAACAACAACAGCGGCAGCAAUAAUAACAGUAAUAACAACGAGAUUCGACACCACGGCGGCAGCAACGAUUUGCAUCGGCACCAACACCUGAGACAAAAUCCAAGCCCGACCUUCGUCCCGGCCCCUUGCUCCGAGGCCUCGAGUUCGCCCACACCGAGCUUCGUUUCCGAGGCGUCGUCAGCUGGCAGCCAAGGGUACGCCACGUCGGGCACCCUUUACGCCGCGCAUUCCGAUGGCUACGACAAUUACGAGCCCAUGAGCCCCGAGGACGAGGAGCUGUUGGACGUCAUCUCUUGGUGGCAACAAAGUCAAUGAGAUAUUUGGCCAAGUUUCAUAUAUAUAUAUAUAU